AGGGCACUGCAUCCUUGCCAUGCCGCUCUGUGGAGCAUCUGUAUGAGGAAUCGAGGGACAGGGAGUGUCUGAGUCCUUUGCUUUUGCAUUUAAAGCAUGCUAUCCGACUGCUACCCCAUCACCCUCUGUCCGGCAAUGUUGGCCACCUCCAUGAUGGAGGUGAAGACCUGAGCAACACUAUCCAGGAAGGAGAGCUUCACCCAUUUUGUUUUUGUUUUUAUUUUUGUUUUUGUUUUUUGACCAACUCUCCUUUUAGCUCCCUCCUGAAAUUUGACGUGGGUACUCAUCCAUCUGAGAGGGUUAAUGGGAACCCACCUAUUGAACAUGUAUCCUGUAUUCCUCCUGGCCAGAGAAAUAACAAUGCUACCUCCCACCAGAAACUUUACCUAAGGCCGAGAUGCCAAACCGAUGAAGCAUUCUCACAAUUUGUAUGUCUCACAACAGAAUAUGAAUAGAGAUUACCCAGUGGGCUAUAGUCUCACAUUAAAGUAUGCUAUCCCAUGGUCCCACAGAGCCUAUUUUGAUGUGUCAGACCAUGUGUUCUGCUUGGUGUGAGAGAUGCAUUCAUUGAGUCCAUAGGUGGUGAGGUAAAUGCCCAAUUGCUCCCUGAAGGAGCGUCUUUACAGAGCCUUGACAGGCCUCUAGUCUCCGGUCCCUCGUACACUGAAGCGCCCAUGCUUCUAGAUAGCAAUGCCCACACCCAGGCACCACCCAGCACCUAGCACUCAGAUGGGGGCACACUGAUACCCAACACAGACACACAGAUAAAUAUGUACAUUCCUCUACUUGUGCUGCCACGCACAAAAGGCCUCCAACUGAAGGCCUACUCUGUCUGCACAGAGCCAACACCAAAUACCACGCCUUCCCCCCCAAAUAGGGGAUCUUUUGAACUCUUUCCUUGGAUCUCAUUCAAAGGAAUAGAGAACAGAGUCAUCAGACGCCCGGUCACUCCACCUUCCCAGCACGGUUCUUAUCUCUGCUUCACAAGUCACCCCUGGCCCCUUAUCCUUCCCUUGCUGGAAAGAUCCUCAGUUUCUUCCUCGCCACCUUCGGGAAAAUUCCCCCUUUGUGGACCUGACCGUGAUCUUUUCCUGAGGUCAUUCUGACCAGGCAAAUCCCACUUCAAAACAGGAAGCCCCAGGACAGUGCCCUAUGCUAGCUCAAGGUUUAAGAAGCCUGUGGGUGUGAGGUUGAGCUUCCUGAGAGUGACCCCGAACACACACACACACACACCCUGGCUCUGCCUAGAACCUGAGAGAAUUCAUUAGCCCUGGGCACUUAUCUUGGAGCCACAGCUGCUGACAGAGUCCGGGCCCUGUACUUCGCUGCCCUGAGCCUGCAGUGCCAUGGGGAACUGUCUGUACCCGGUGGAAACCCUCUCACUAGACAAGAAUGGAACUCAGUUUACUUUCGACAGCUGGAACUAUUCGUUUGAAGAUAACUACUCCUAUGAAUUAUCGAAUGACUACAGCCUGACACCCGCUGCUCCCUGUUACUCCUGUAACCUGCUUGACAGGUCUUCCCUGCCCUUCUUCAUGCUCACCAGUGUCCUGGGCAUGCUGGCAAGUGGCGGCAUCCUCUUCGCGAUCCUCAGACCUUUCUUCCACUGGCAGAUUUGCCCCAGCUGGCCCAUUCUGGCAGAGUUAGCAGUGGGCAGUGCCCUGUUCAGCAUUGCAGUGCCCAUCCUGGCACCAGGCUUACACAGUGCCCACAGCACAGCCCUGUGCAACCUGGGCUACUGGGUAUGGUAUACUUCUGCUUUUGCACAGGCUCUGUUGAUAGGAUGCUAUGCUUGCCUGAACCCCAGACUGAAUAUUGGUCAACUCCCUGGCUUCACCUUGGGACUCAGUGUGGGACUUUGGGGAGCAGCUGCCCUCUUAGGGCUGCCAGUCGCCCUGGCCAGUGAUGCUUACAAUGGCUUCUGCGCCUUUCCAUCCUCCAGAGACAUGGAAGCUUUGAAGUACACGCAUUAUGCCAUCUGUUUUGCCAUCUUCACUGUACUGCCACUGACUCUUUUGGCAGCCAAGGGGCUGAAGAUCUCACUGAGCAAGGGGCCGGGUCCCUGGGUUAGCGUCUUGUGGAUCUGGUUCAUUUUCUGGUGGCCUCAUGGGAUGGUUCUCAUGUUUGACGCCUUGGUAAGGUCCAAAACCAUUCUUUUGAAUACAUGCCAAUCCCAGAAGAUCCUUGAUGCGAUGCUGAAUGUGACAGAAGCCCUGAGUAUGCUGCACUGCGUGGCUACCCCACUGCUCCUGGCCCUGUUCUGCCAUCAGACCACCAGUAGAUCCUUGCCCUCACUCUCCCUCCCUGCAAGACAGGCUUCUCAAAUGGAUGCCCUUGCAGGCAAGUCCUAGUUUUUUUUUUCCCUACAUGUCAACUUAAAUUAAAGUCUAUACUGCUUUUA